AUGUUCAGGGACGUGUCGAGCUGCAACACCUACAACUAUGGCGACGCCCUCUACUGGGACGCCCGCUACGUCGAAGAAGGAGGCUCCUUCGACUGGUACCAGCGCUACUCUUCUCUCCGCCCUUUUGUCCGAAACUACAUACUAACCUCCUCUCGGGUUCUCAUGGUCGGCUGUGGCAAUGCUGUUAUGUCUGAGGACAUGGUUGCGGAUGGAUAUGAAGACAUAAUGAACGUUGACAUUUCAUCAGUGGCCAUUGACAUGAUGAAAAGAAAAUAUGAGCACAUACCUCAGCUGAAAUACAUGCAAAUGGAUGUUAGGGAUAUGAGUGUCUUCCCAGAUGAAUCAUUUGAAGGUGUCAUUGAUAAAGGAACUCUUGAUUCACUGAUGUGUGGCAAUGACGCUCCAAUUAGUGCUGCUCAAAUGCUAGGGGAAGUGAGUAGGCUUCUUAAACCUGGAGGGAUCUAUUUGUUGAUAACCUAUGGUGAUCCUACAGUAAGGAUGCCUCAUUUGAUCCGGCCAGUGUACAAUUGGAAAGUUAAUUUGUACAUCAUACCCAGACCAGGAUUCCAAAGGCCUGAAGGUUGUAGUUCAUCAAUAAAGUCAUAUUUGGAACCUAUUCCUAUCACCGAGAAGGGCUUACUUCCAGCUGAGUUUGUUUUGGAAGAUCCAGAUUGUCACUUUAUAUAUGUGUGUAAAAAGGAUGAUAUGGAGCUAAGUAGUGCAACAACUUAUGGAUUGACAGUUGAUCUCUUACAGUAG